UCUCCUUCUCUCUCUCUCUCUCUCUCUCACACACAGAGAGAUAUUGACAGAAACAAAAAGAAUGAGUCAAUCAAAUCGUGUCAGAGACGAACAUACAAUACCUUUACUCCAAAAAAGCUCUCUUCAGAAACUACAUUUUCUGAAAAACUAUUCCUCUGUUCUCUCUGUUUUCGUCUAUGAAGCAAUCUCAAUCUGCAAGAUCUCUUACCCAUUGGUUCUCACGGGUCUCUUCCUCUACGUCCGCUCUUUCGUCUCUCUGUCUUUCCUCGGCGGUCUCGGAGACGCCACUCUCGCCGGUGGCUCUCUCGCCGCCGCAUUCGCAAACAUCACCGGAUACUCUCUUUUCUCUGGUUUAACCAUGGGAGUUGAAUCUAUCUGCUCUCAAGCUUUCGGAGCUAGACGCUAUAGCUACGUCCGUGAGACUAUUAGGAGAGGAAUCAUCCUCCUCCUUGUGACGUCUCUCCCUGUUACACUUCUUUGGAUGAACAUGGAGAAGAUUCUUCUAAUGUUGAAACAGGACAAGAAGCUCGCGUCCGAAGCUCAUAUCUUUUUGCUUUACUCUGUUCCAGAUCUUGUAGCUCAAUCUUUCUUACACCCAUUAAGAGUUUAUCUCCGGACACAGUCAAAGACUCUUCCUUUAUCAAUCUGUACAGUGAUUGCGAGUUUUCUCCACUUGCCAGUCACGUUCUUGUUUGUGAGUUAUCUCGGUUUGGGGAUUAAAGGCGUCGCCUUGAGUGGUGUUGUCUCUAACUUCAACCUUGUGGUCUUUCUCUUCCUCUACAUCUAUUUCUUGGAAGAUAAGCUAAGUGUUGACGAGGACGAGAAGGUUACAGAGGAGAGUUAUGAAGAUAGUGUGAGAGAAUGGAAGAAACUACUCUGUCUCGCUAUACCGAGUUGUAUAUCGGUUUGUCUCGAGUGGUGGUGCUAUGAGAUUAUGAUUUUGCUUUGUGGGUUUCUCUUAAACCCUAAAGCAAGCGUUGCUUCAAUGGGAAUCCUCAUCCAAAUCACUUCUCUUGUUUACAUCUUCCCUCAUUCUUUGAGCUUAGGAGUCUCUACUCGGGUGGGUAACGAGCUUGGUUCUAACCAGCCGCAGAAGGCGAAAAAAGCAGCCAUUGUUGGACUUGGUCUCAGCAUCGCCCUCGGGUUCACGGCUUUCACGUUCACUGUCUCGGUUAGAAACACAUGGGCAAUGUUUUUCACAGAUGACAAAGAAAUCAUGAAGUUAACUGCCAUGGCUCUACCAAUCGUCGGCCUAUGCGAGCUCGGGAACUGCCCGCAAACUACGGGAUGCGGGGUUCUCCGAGGCUCCGCGAGGCCGAAGAUUGGAGCUAAUAUCAACGGGGUGGCGUUUUACGCUGUUGGCAUCCCGGUUGGAGCAGUUAUGGCGUUUUGGUUUGGUUUAGGAUUCAAAGGACUUUGGCUAGGGAUGCUCGCGGCGCAGAUCACGUGUGUGAUUGGUAUGAUGGCAGCUACGUGUAGGACUGAUUGGGAAUUAGAGGCCAAAAGGGCUAAGGAGCUCACAACUGCGGUGGAUAGUGGCAGCAGUGACGACGACAAAGAGGAUGUGGAGGCUGGGAUGGUUAAUAUAAUUAAUUAGGCAGGACUGAAUCUUUAACCAAAAAAAAACAAAAAAUUGACUUUCUUUUGAAUUAAUUUAUAACUUUUUUUUUUCUUUAUUGAAGAAGUGUAAUCGUUGGGAUGAUUAAUGUAAAUUUUUGUAGUGUAUGAU